UUUCACUUAAAGACUUUUGCACCCAAACAUCCCGCGUGAGUGCAGAGAUCAUCGCAUCCAACUUUUUUGAUUUCUUGCUGGUGAAGGUGUCCCAGAAAAGCUGCUUGAAUGUAUAGCAUGAUGAUGGAGACCGACCUCCACUCCCCCGGGCCCCAAACCAACACGGCCGGGGGGCCAACGGGGCCCAACGUGGGCUCCAAAGCGAACCAGGAGCGGGUGAAGAGACCCAUGAACGCCUUCAUGGUGUGGUCCCGCGGCCAGCGCAGGAAGAUGGCGCAGGAGAACCCCAAAAUGCACAACUCUGAGAUCAGCAAGCGGCUGGGGGCCGAGUGGAAGGUGAUGUCGGAGGCGGAGAAGCGGCCCUUCAUCGACGAGGCCAAGAGGCUGCGCGCCAUGCACAUGAAGGAGCACCCGGAUUACAAGUACAGACCCCGGAGGAAGACCAAGACGCUCCUGAAGAAGGACAAGUACUCCCUCGCCGGCGGACUGCUCUCUGGAGCCGGCGGCGCCGGCGGUUUAGGCAUGACGUCCUCCACGGUGGGCCAGCGGCUCGAGAGCCCGGGGGCGCCCCACGGAGGCUCCGCCGGCUACGCGCACAUGAACGGCUGGGCGAACGGAGCCUACCCGGGCCAGGUGGCUGCAGCCGCGGCCGCCGCUGCCAUGAUGCAAGAGGCGCACCUCGCCUUCGGGCAGCACCCGGGCGGAAGCGCGCACCACGCACUCAACCACCACCACCACCACCACCCGCACCACCACGCGCACCACCACCACGCACACCCGCACCACCACCACCACCACACCCCGCAGCCGGUGCACCGCUACGACAUGAGCGCGCUCCAGUACAGCCCCAUCUCGAACUCGCAGAGCUACAUGAGCGCGUCCCCGUCCGGUUACGGCGCCCUCGGUUACACGCAGCACCAAGCCUCCGCUGUCUCCUCUUCAUCCUCCUCCUCGUCCUCCUCUUCCUCCGCCGCCGCCGCCUCCUCCAUGGGGACGCUGGGCUCGCUGGUGAAGUCCGAACCGAGCGUGAGCCCCCCGGUGACCGCAGCCCACCAGCGGGGGCCCUGUCCCGGGGACUUGAGGGAAAUGAUAAGCAUGUACUUGCCCACCGGCGAGCCGGGGGACCCCGCCAUGCAGAGCCGGAUCCACGCCUUACCGGCACACUACCAGAGCGCCGCGGCCGGAGUGAACGGGACGGUCCCGCUGACGCACAUCUAAGGACCCCACAGCCCCUCCCAGCCCCCUGAUUUCUCUUCAAUCAUUGGAAAUUGCAAACGAACACAUAACCAAAUAUUUACCUCUUUUCUAGCCCCGCUCCUGUCAACUACCUGCUUUUUGUACAGAAUGUUUACCACACUGUAAAUCAAGGCUAAAUGCAACUUGCUUUAUUAUUAUUUUUGAACGGAUAUAGGGGGCUUAGAUUUGUAUUUUUUAUUUUUGGUUAUUGUGCUAUAAUCAUCUUUUUGAGUCUAAGCUAACGCCUGGUGCAUCUUAGACUCCAUUUUAACCCCCACCCUCUUUUGUUUCUUGUAAGUUAUUUAAAAAAAAUGUCUCCAAUAUUAACAGAAAGUGCUUUACUAAAAAAAAAAAAAAUUGGGAAGAUUUUUUUAUUUUUUAUUUUAAAGCGUUUUGUGUUUCCACUCCCAUCCUCCGUUUUAUUGUAACAGUCCCUUAUUGUACAAUUGUGAAUACUUUUAAUAUUUGAAAGGAAGAAUGACUUGGCAACGUAAUGUUUUAAAUGUAAUUUAUGUGCUUUUCUCUUCUAAGGGGAAAAGCUCUUAAACUGAAAUGACUGACACACGCGCACGCACACACACACACGCACUCAAAAUGGAAUAAAUUUCACAAGAUGUUGCUUUGAAUUAUUUAGUUUGGAUACACUUUUUUUUCUAUUUAAUUCAAAAUUGCUUCUCAUUUUUUUAAUUGCAUUAAUUGUUUGUGCGUAAAAACAUCUGUUGUUAAUUAACAUAUAUAUUUUUUACAUAUAAUGUUGCGAAUUAACCUUCAGUGUUCAGGCUCUAAAUCAUGUGUAAUUUAUUCUAAUCAUAUUUGCACUGCGAGGCCGAUAUGAUAACAGCCUGGUUGGUGAUAAAUGUCACAUUUUAGGCCUCACGUGACAAACCACCUGUUCGUGUUAUUACGGUAAACAUGUCAUCUUUAAAUGUCAAAUAAGUGGAUUCAAAUUCGUUAAAUCACGUGGUGUUAUUGAAAAUGACCUGUAAAAAUAUUUGGAUAUGUUUUAGGUUUUUCAUCUUAAAUCUUAAAAAGUAUGCGCUACACUUCUUACCUGGAAAAUGUGAAACAUGUGCAAUAUAGCACUUACUAAAUUGGCCCAAUUUUGAAGCAAAAUAAUAUUUAAUUUUAGAACGGGAUAUGGCUUUUUUUUCUUUUUUUUUAAUGUUUGCAAAAGUUAAAAAGUCAAUUACAUUAAGUGAAAUCACCAAACUUUGCCCAUUUAAAAAAGUCAAUACAUUUGGAGGCACCUACAUC